AUGGCGCAGAGGGCUACGGGAGAUAAUAUAGAGGGAUCUUCGGGUACGCUCCCAUCUGCCAUCUCUUAUGUCGCUUACGACGGUGUCUCUGCAUCAUUCUUGAACAUCCCCCGUGUUUUCGGACUCGGACGCGCUGCUUCUCCGCCCCCUUCGCCUCCACGAACACGGACACGGACACGCGCACACACUCGCAAACGCCAAUCCACCCAUCAUGACUCCCGUCCCACACGCACUCGGGACAACCCUCGCCCUGCCCGUCCGCAAUCCCAAUCGCUAUCAUCCUUCUCAUCCGAUAUUUCAAACCGACCCCCUCCCGGCGAUGGGCCUCGCAUAUCCCUCCGCAAAUCACUCCUUGAACUCGAAAAACAACCAAACUCAAAUACGAAUCGUGUGGAUAAAUGGCGAUUAGGUGUGGCGGCUGCUGUGGCUGCUGAAGGAGCCACAGAUGAUGUCGUCACGACUGCACCCACCGUUGGGGAAAGCACUAGAUCUGAGAGCGUUGGAGACUCCCAGGCCACUCAGUCACAGGAUCUCCAGUCACUCUCCGAUGAAGAUAUUUUCGCAUUAACUCAGAAUAUCAAGAACGAGGAGGCCUCUCGGAGACCACUUGUCUCGCCCGUCUCGCCCCUUUCAGAACUUCGCGCCGAGUUUUCGCCAUUCGCCGAUGUGAUGGGCAGCACGGACAGUGGAGUCUCCGAAUACGAUGGUCCCAAUGCGAACGUACUUCGCAAGAUUGAUUGGCUGCAGAAGCACGGUGGCUGGCAGGCAAUUCGAAGAACGAGAGGUGAUGGUGAUUGUUUCUACCGAUCACUGGCAUUUGCGUAUGUCGAGAAAAUUUUGACGGCUCCAGAACCUGGGUUGGCUGUGGCUACAUCGUUGUCACAUCUCGAGUCGACGCUUCCGUUGCUGGAACGUGCUGGAUUCCAAAAGAUUGUGUUUGAGGACUUUUACGAAGCCUUUGCCGAGGUUAUCCAGCAGGUCGUGCCUGCACCUGGAAAACUGCCUCUGACCAAUGAAACUUUAUUGGAGCAGUUUCAAAAUGCCGAGAUCUCAAACUCAAUUGUCGUUUUCUUGAGACUUUUGACAUCCGCGUAUAUCCGGCUAUCCCCCGAAGACGACUUUAUGCCAUUUUUAAUCCACCCUGAUACUGGCGAGAUGGUCGAUAUCCGGACGUUUGUCGAGACGUUUGUAGAGGCUACGGGACGUGAAGCUGAUCACCCUCAAAUUAUGGCCCUUUCCCGAGCACUUCGAGUCCGUAUCGAGGUUGCUUAUUUGGAUAAUUCAGGCGGAACCCCUCUUGAAGACGGAACUUUGCCUAUUAAUUUUGUAAAAUUCUCUCCUGAAGGCGCAGAGGAAGAUGGUACAAAGCCCGUAGUCUUACUGUACAGGCCGGGCCAUUACGAUACCCUUGAAGAGAAAGUAGACGCAUGA